AUGAGGCCAACGUCUGUACGGCUCACCCCGUUUAUUCAAGCCGCCUACGGCUCACUCGAAGACCUCCUGGACUUUUGCCGGCGAUUACCGAAAGUAGAACUCCACGCGCACCUAAAUGGAUCGAUACCCCCAGCAGCGUUGAAGGACUUGGCGUUAAGGAAACUCGGGCAGCGGCUCCACAAGGACGACGCAGCUCAGGAGGCACUAAAUGUCCUGAACGCUCUCGACGAGGUGGAGUGCACCGGUCUUACUUUUGGAAUUUGCGUCAGGUUUUUCCCCCUUUUCCCAGCCAUUUACGCGCUGACGAACGACGAAGAGUCAUUGACGUUUAUCGCACACUCGGUGAUCGAUGGCUUCAAAAACGACGGAGUGCGCUACCUCGAAGUCAGAUCUGGCCCAAGGGACGCUCCGGAGACGGGAAUGACCAAGGAGACAUACAUCCAGACACUACUGAAGGCGUUUGGUUCAGCAAGUUGCGAUGAUAUCUUGGUAAAGCUGAUUGUCGCGAUUGAUCGGAAGCAGACCAAAGACGGAGCAGAAGGGGUGAUUGAUCUGGCUUUGAAACACCGGGACGAGGGCAUUGUUGGUGUCGAUCUGUGCGGAGAUCCCAGUUAUGGUCACUUUGAUAACGUUGCGAAGGAUGCUAUGAGGAAGGCCAAAAGUGCUGGUCUGAAAGUCACCAUUCACUUAGGCGAGGUCGACGGUCGCCAUGACGAGUCACUUUCUAUGCUCUCGAUACCACCAGAUCGCUUAGGCCAUGCGACAUACAUGUCCGACGAAGUUCGACAGCGGGUAUAUCAGGAAAGGAUCCCUAUUGAAAUCUGCAUGACAUCCAACGUUCUCACGAAAACGGUUCCCUCCUAUGAGGAACACCAUCUGGGAGAUGCAUUGAGAGAGGACCAUCCCUCAGUUCUUUGUACCGACGACGUUGGGAUUAUGCGAUCCACGCUUUCUAAUGAAUAUGCAAUAGCCGCCUCGACCUUUGAUCUGGGUAAAAAGCAGUUGUUCGACCUCAGCUUCCGGGCCAUAGAUGCUUGCUUUGCAACGGAAGACGAGAAGUUGGCACUACAGAGUACAUGGUUCGCAUGGGCUAGGAAAGAGAAGAUACUGUAG